UAUAUACCACGAUACGUUCACAAUGAUAGUAUAAUUAACAAUCCUUAAAAAAAAAGCCUCCUGCUGCCAGUUCGGAAGCAUACCUGUGGCUCAACAUAGCUUCAAUACAUAUCACUUUGUCUUAUUGAAUGUUGUCUGUCAUGCUUUGUUGCUUGCAGGCUCAACUGUUGGAAGGCUCUUGUGUUUGUUUUUUUUUUUGUUUUUUUUUUGCUCAUUAGAAUAUCACUGAGGUGUUGUAUGUGCAUUUUGCAGACAUGGGUGUGUUGUGAGCUGGUGUGUUAGUUUAUGUGUGUUUAUUGUCCACUUUAUUAGAAAGACCUGCCUUGUAUUCAUUAGCUACUUAUAUGUCCGCGGUAUAUGUCUGUGGUCAUUGAGAAUUUAUCAGCUUACCCCUACCACAUUCUCCAUUAGUUUCUGAGCAUACGACUGCUGACCAGAUUUUAUUUGGGUGGUGGACCAUUCUCAACACAGCAGUGACACUGUACAGACAUUGUAAUGGCAGAGUAGUCUGUAGGUGUGUUGCUGGGGUUUUCACACUGCUAAGUCAAGAAUCAUCCUACGCUCAAAAAAAAUCCUGCCAAGAGCAGUUUCUGUGGUCAGAAACUGGUCAAAGGCUAGAGAAUGGCUAGCCUUGCUAACUGUAACUAUAAAUCUACUUGUACACCAGCAAAAUGGACCAACAAAGUAAGUGUCUCUAAUAAAGUAGUUGGUGAGUGUAUGUUAGCUGCAUGGUUUAGGCAUUAGAGAAACACCACAAUUAGCUUGCACGUCUCUACUCUCUUUACCUGUUCUUCAUGAAGCCCCCUCUUACCUAUAACAGCAUCAUGAAAGUCAAAUGAAAUGCAUUAGAGAGGAUUGCCUCAUUUCCAAAAAGUAGUCAAGAUAAUUUCUCACAUUUUAGACUAGUAUAGAAAGGUAAGUAGCAUCUUUCCUUCCUGUCUUUUUUUGCUCCACAUUUCUAGCCCAAUGUUUCACCUCACAACUGUGGCUGCUCACAUUAUCCUGUGCUGCAGCUAGCAAUUCUGUUGAAUAUUGUAGUGACCAACAAAAGCCUCUGUUGUUUUCAUUGUGUAGAGAGAUAUUUGCUUUAUGCUUUGUAUGAGGGGGAAUGUUUGUAAGCAAAUCCCACUGGAUAUUUGGUAGUGGACUGUCUCGGAUGGCUAGACGAGGCACUCUAAGCUUUUCCUAAUCCCUUAUCAAAGAGACAGCUUAUUGUGGCGCAUUCUGCUCGGCCAGCAACCCCGCUCUACAUGCUAAUACAACUGUGGCAGGGGGACAAAAUGGCUUCCGUGUUGGACCUGUACAUAGCAGCACCAAGAUGUGAGAGAAGCUAGACGUUAUUUGUUGUUUGUUUUCCUGGCUUCGCUCUAACGGUGCUGGCAUUGUGUGUCAUGUUGGCAGUCUUACUUAUGUGAUGUGGCAUGUUUAUUUGCUACAGUUCACGCUGUGUGCUUCUGUCAUCUUCUUGUCACUGUAGCGCUGACAGUGUAGUGGUUUCAUCACACUUGCUUUUUCCCAGUGUUUAUACACAUAAGGUCCAGCAGCCACUGAGUAUAGCUCAAGCACAGAAGUGGUGAUCAGUUGGUUGUGUUUUCUAUUGCUGAACUGUAUUCUUCUUUUGUUCUGAUUGGUGGGCUGGCUGCCUGUGAGGAGUGCGUGACAGUCCAGAGAAGUUGUGAGACACAUGCGCCAGUCUACUGUAACUAUAGGCCAGUCAUACGGGGAUGCGCUCCUACAUUUACAAACACAGCUCUGUGGUUGGCUCACAGGCAGAGCACAGCGGCAUGAGGACAUACUUCUUCAGUGCAGACACGCAGGACGACAUGAACAGCUGGGUGAGAGCCAUGAACCAGGCUGCGCUGAUGCAGAACCACACGGUGAAGAGUGUCUUUGAAGAGUUAGAUCACCCAGACAACUUGGACACAAGUGAGAAGGUUGAGAAGCAGGCAAUACGUCAGAUUAACCACAUCCAAAACUACGUGUUUCUCCAAGCAGAAGCUUCUCAAAAUGACAGGACAGAGCUGCAGAAGCAGGAGGUGUUAGUGGGGGAGGAGGAGAGCCGGGCUGUCCUGCCUGAAAUGGAGCAGGUGAGGGGGAAGUCACCGGGGGUUAGGACACUGGAGGUCGAGCUGUCAGCUCCAGAAGUAGCAGUGACUUCUCACGCCCCCUCCUGCAUCCCUUCCCGUGCUGCAUCAACCCUGCCAGCUUCUUUUCGGAGUGGGGUAACCGUGGAGCAAAAUGGAUUGGUGGAAUAUCAGAGGGGCCCCACGCCGCACUCCGACACACCCACACACACUCAGGGGAGGAAGAGCACUCUGGAACAGGUGGAGAAUUGGGUCAAAGUGCAAAAAGGAGAGCACAGAGGAGCCAUCUCCAGCGAAGGUAACCUCUCACGCCAAAACCCUCCAGUGCAGUCCAAUUUUGGAGCAGCUGAAGCCCAGCAGUUCAUGUCCAAGAGUCCAUACCACAGUCCACCAAACUCACACCGGCAGCUUACCAGCGAUUACAAAUAUGCCCAGGACCGCAUUAGUCACUUUCGGGCAGCACAAGGCCAGCCUUUUCAGCCUACCACGAGGGACGGCACUGUUUGGCAGCUGUAUGAGUGGCAGCAGAGGCAGCAGUAUCGCCACGCCAGCCCCACUGCCCCCAUUUAUGUUCCAGCUCCAGACUACUCCACUGCUGUCUCUUCCACCAGAGUGAACCCAGACGUUGCACGCUCUGUCUCUGUGCCCCCUACUCCUGCUGACAUCCCUCCACCUGGGCCCCCAGGGCCUAGCAUGCUGUCCCCUCGGAGACCCCACACCCCUGCUGAGCGGGUGACGGUUAAGCCCCUGGGGGACAGACCCAUGGUGGAGGUGCCACCGUCCAGUUCUCCCCACCGAAUAUACUCUCAAAAGUCUGCCACAAUCGAAAGACGCUCCAUACCUCCAUCAGGCUACAUCACUCACACUGUCAGUACUCCUAGUCUUCAUGGAAAAACACCGGAGGAACUUACCCUCCUGCUUAUCCAGCUCCGGAGACAUCAGGCUAUGAUGGCAGGGGUGCGCAGCCAAACUCUGGCCCAUCUACGGCAGCUCUCCCGACCGAAGGCUGAUGAUACUUAUGUGCAGCUGAAGAAGGACUUGGAGUACCUGGAUCUGAAGAUGAAAAGCAUAGAGCCGUUGAUCCUCAUGGUGCACAGUAUGUUACAAACCUGCACUGCGGGGGGUUUGGCACCUCUCUGGAACAUGGCUGGGAAUGAAACACUGAAAGGACGGCUGCCCAAACCAGUCAGGGUGGCAGAGAGUGAUGUUGAUGUGAAACUGAGUCGUCUAUGUGAACAGGACAAAAUCCUGCAGGAGCUUGAGAUCAAACUGAGCACACUAAAGGAGGAUAAGGACAAGCUAGAGUCAGUUCUGGAUGUGUCACACCAGCAGAUGGAGCAGUACCAAGACCAGCCAGCACACACAGAGAAAAUUGCCUACCAGCAGCGGCUGCUUCAAGAGGACCUGGUCCACAUCCGUGCUGAGAUCUCCAGAGUGGCUACGGAGAUGGAGAGAGCAUGGGAGGAAUAUGGUCGGCUAGAACAGUCAGUACAGCUGCUGAGAGAAGCACUGCAAGCCCAGAUGAACCUCUGUACAGUGCCUCAGGAGAAAACACAGUUGAAAAGAGAACUUUGGAGGAUUGAGGAUGUGAUGGCUGGCCUCAGUUCCACCAAAGACACCUUUAAAAUCACCAUUGACUCAAUGCAGAAUCCAGGGAGGAAACUUGUGCCUUCAGUGACAGAGUUGCCUUCAAGGUCUGCGACCCCAGCAGAGAUACGCACCCCCCAGCGUAGUCUCACUUCCAGCCCUCUGCCAAUGCCCUCUGAGAACUCCAGUACCCAGCUGUCACAGUCUGUGCCAAAGUGGCUGGAAGACACUGCCCCACCAAGACCACCUCUGCCCCUCCACUACAGUGAGGACAUACCUCCUGCAAUUCCUCCCCUCCCUAAAGAGACUUCUAUCAUCAGGCACACGUCAGUGCGUGGUCUCAAGAGGCAGUCAGAUGAGAGGAAACGCGACAGAGAGUAUAGCUAUGUUAACGGAGAUUGCAGGGUAGAGUUACGUUCGUACUUAAGUGAACCAGAGCUACCUGGAAGUAAGGAUGUGUCAGACCAGACAGAAGGAGGCUACCGGACACUCCCAAACAGAGGUCUGUCAGGCUCCUUAUUCCGACUCAACCAGUCAACCUCCUGCAGCACUUUGAAAAGAGACCUACCAAUGAUGGAAAGACCAAAGAGUGCCUUGGAGCAGCUGUACUCCGAGGAGCCCCGUCAACUACCCCAGCGAGGGAGGAUGAGUGUGGAGGAACAGCUGGAGAGGAUGAAAAGACACCAGAGGGCACUGGUGCGUGAGCGCAAGCGCAACCUGAAUCAGGCUGAACGGCUGUCAGCCAGUUCGCAGGCCUCCUCUCGGACCAUCUGCUCCGACCUGGGACCAUUGAGGCGGGAGCAGGGCUUUGAUUUGCAGCUUUCGGGGAGGAUAGUGCAGACAGCAGAGAGGCAAGGCCAGGAGGAGCACAGCCCACAAACCAGACCCCAAAAAACAGAUGAAUGGCUCACAGUUCUAGCCAGACCUAUGAUAAUAGAUGACUUGGAGCCUGUCGACUUUGACGUGGACCUCAGCAGAGAACUUUCUAUUCCCCCAAAGAUAUCUAUACCGAAGCGCUUCCAGGAGACAGAGCCUGAAGAACCCUUAAGCCAGGAGGAGAAAGAAGAACGCAUUCGUAAUGUGCAAAAGAUAAAGAACCUACUUGCUAAAUCAAGUAUUCCACCUGCACUGCUUCCUAUAGGCUCAGAGCAGCUGGACUUCUCAGACCUAGACCAUGUCCUUCAGCAGCAGGAGCAGAUCAGGACUUUUCCACAGAAAACUCUAUGCACAGAAGCCAAAGCUGCGUCUGAAGAUAUAUGAAGAUUGUACAUAAUGAACAGAAUGCGUAAAUACUGUUUUUCAGUGUGUAAUUGCUAAAGUUUUCAUUUUUGGAUUCACAACAAGGAUUUACACAUAUAAAAUUGCCAAAGAUGGUAUCUAAUAUUGAUGAAACUAAUUUUAAUAUUUGAUCGAUUCUAAUUUAAUAUUUGAUUAAAAUUCAUUUAAAUUGCUGUGCUUGCAUAACGUUUUAUUAGCAAUUUUUAUAAGCUUUUUUUCCCCUUGCUGUUAGGAUAAUUACUAAUUUUCUGCAUGUUGUAGAUGGAAAGACGUUAUACAUUUUGAUAUAGCAGUUACUUACAGGGGGACAUAAUAAUGGAUGCACCGAGCAAAAUAUUGCUCCUGCAAAAGAGCUCUUUGCCUUUCUGUCAUUACAAGCAUUGAACAUUUUGUUUUGUUUUUUGUGUAGUGAUGUUGGACCUUUUUUUUAAAUAGGUAACACCUCAAAUGAAUUAAAGGAUAAGGAAGGUGGAAAUGUCUUCUUUGUAUUCUUCACAUUGAAUCAUUUGCACCAUAGAGGUCAUCUAAAAUAACCUUACAUGUUAAAUGAUAUUGCCUGUGAUCAUCAGACCAGUUGACUCUCACAUAACACAUUAUCGAGCCACCGUUUUAGCAAGCGAUGUGGUGGAUUAAAGGUUGUAUUUUAGUAACUGUCCUUUCAAGGCACUUCGAUAUGUGGAAUUGUUUAGCUUUAAGUAUUUUAUAAAUGACAUGCUGCCAAUUAACUUAAUAUAGUUCACCUCUGUGGUUGCCUUUGUGAUCGUCAUCUAGUUACUUCAAUGUUGAAGUCCUGUUUUGUUUGGUGUUUCUGUUUCUCAUCUGUCUGUCAUCCCCUGUAUCUGUAUCAGGAGUGCUUUAUGACUUUCAUAUUUUUUAAUAACUAAAUACAUUUGCACCAUUAAAAUUUUCAAUGGUAUAGGGCUUGUGUAUUUUAUAUUGUCCAAAUCAUACUUGGUACAUUUAUAACACACAUCUUAAGAGGAGCUAUUUUUAUAAUAAAUAUACUGAUCAAAUAUAUGAAUAUAUGAAAAUACUUUUUCAUAGACAUGUGUCAUGCUGCUACAGGCAGAUUGUGCUCUCAUAACAUAUUUAUGCAGGGCUCCUGCUUCAUGACCCACAGUUUUUAUGGGUUUCAAUAAAAAGUGUUGCAUUUAUAUUUUUCUCAGUAUAUUCAAAAUAAAAAAUGUCUGUAACUGUA